AUGGCUGCUUUAGCACGUUUCUUGCCGAGGGCGGGAGAUAAAGCGGCUCCGUUCUUCACUUGUUUGAAAAAGAAUUCCAAGUUUCAAUGGACAGAGGAAUGUGAGCAAGCUUUUCCCAAGUUGAAAGAAUCAUUAGCAACGUUGCCGGUGCUAUCCAAACCCACGCCAGGCGUUCCUUUGAUGCUCUACCUGGCGGUCACGGAUAGGGCGGUCAGCAUGGUGUUGCUUCAGGAAGAAGGAAAGAAGCAGAAGAUUAUAUAUUUUGUGAGUCAUACCCUGCAAGGUGCUGAAUUGCGCUACCAGAAAAUUGAGAAGGCGGCCUUGGCAAUUCUAAAAACUGCAAGACGCCUCAGGCCAUAUUUUCAAAGUUUCUCAAUCAGAGUUAAAACUAAUGUUCCUUUAAGACAGGUACUCCAGAAGCCCGACUUGUCUGGGCGGUUAGUCAGCUGGUCAGUCGAGUUGUCUGAGUAUGAUAUACAGUAUGAGCCAAGGGGACAAGUUACAAUCCAAAGUUUGAUCGAUUUCGUGGCGGAAUUAACACCCACGGAAGGCGAGAAAACCCAAGGCGAGUGGAUCCUGUCUGUUGAUGGAUCCUCAAACAACACCGGAAGUGGAGCUGGAAUAACUAUUGAAAGCCCGGAUAAGAUGGUCAUUGAACAAUCUUUGAAAUUCGAGUUCAAGGCAAGCAACAACCAAUCAGAGUACGAGGCUCUAAUCGUCGGACUAAGGUUGGCCAUUGAAUUAGGCAUUCAGAAGUUGUUCAUCAAAGGCGACUCACAGCUGGUUGUUAAACAGGUAAAUGGCGAGUAUCAAGUCAAGGAUCCGCAACUUUCAAAGUACCUGGAAGUGGUGCGUAGAUUAAUGAUGGAGAUAGGGAAGAUCAGAAUAGAACACGUUCUAAGAAGUCAAAACGAAAGGGCUGAUGUGCUAGCAAAGUUGGCUAGCACGGGGCGAUUGAGCAAUUAUCAAACAGUCAUUCAGGAAACUCUCCCUCGCCCCAGUAUUGACUUGGUGGAAGUAAAGUUAAAGUCAGUGAAGUCAGUUAUUGAAGGCGAACCUUCGUGGAUGGAGCCAAUCAAGACUUUCCUCAAAGAUCCUCCUAAGGACAAUGCCCUGAAUACAAAAGAAAGGCGUAGGGAGGCUAGUUUUUAUACGUUGGUGAACUAUAUCGACGGGGAAUUAUGUCUCCUAUGCUUAAAUGUAUCGACACGAGAGAUGCCCAGGGAAUCAUGGCGGAGGUCCACGAAGGGGUAUGUUCUAGCCACAUAG